UGGUGAGCAGAGCAGACCAUUUCCUCUCACUCUCACCAGCUGAUGUGCUGAGAGUGAGGAUGGCAGGGAGGAUCUGGGAGCUGGGGACUCGACUGAAUAUAGCAAGCUUGUAAUUAUCCUCAUCCUCCUACACUUAAUCGCCUGCGGUUCCUCAGUGGGUUGGCAACUUCUGAGUUUGGACAGAGCAGGAAAAAAAUGAGCACAAUGGAAGAGCAAUGGUUCAUGCUGUGUAAACAGAACAAACAGAGCUGAGUUCCACCUCAACCUGCUCCACACCUGAGCAUCAAAUACACCCAUCUACUUAUUCUGUCAGCUUACACUCAAUGAAAUUAUCAAUAAUGUUUUCAUUUGCCAUAUCAAACUAUGUACCCAUGUAAUAACCUGCCAGAAUGUGCAUUUUCUAAUGUAUUUAUAUCAGAAUUACAUUACAUUUACAAUUCCAGGCAAAAACACAUCACAUAUAACCAGAAACUGUCCUUUUCUCUCUAACUCACACCCCAUAGACUUACAAAUGUCAUUCAUUUCCUACAUCAUUAUUGCUGUCACCCUGUUUGACAGUCAGGAGUUGCAUAAAAAUACAUAAAACUAUGGAGGCAAGCGUCUCUCAAAAUGCCAUUUCUGUGUGAUUUCAAUGUUGCAGUUAUAGGGGUAUUAAAUAAUCUCUGAUAUUUAUAGACCUCUAUUGGCAAAAACAAGAAUUACAACAACAGAAUUUAAAGUGGCCAUUGCCAUUGUUCAAUUAGGGCACAGUGACAGUGACCUUGCUAUUAGUAAGGAUAGUAAGAAUCGCUUUAAUGAUGCAGCUGGUGGUGCUAUUUUAACUGCUUUAUAUACUGCUGGGUAGCUUAAUCUAUAAUAUUACAUCAUAAUUUACUUGUUGAUUAUGUUUUGCAUUAAUAAUGUCAAUCUGCAGAGUAACUAGUACCAAUUGCUUUCAAAUGAGUGAGGUGAAAAGUACAAAAUGUAGUGGAGUAGAAGUAUUGAAUAGCAUAAAAUGUAACUACUCAAGUGAGGUACAAGUAAAAGGUACUUUCAACCACAAAUAUAAUCAGGCAAAAUAAGAAGAAAAAACAACAACAACAACAACAACAACAACAACAAUAAAACACCUCCCCGUUUGGGUGGCCCACAGGUGCACAGGAGCUUUAACAGAUUUGUUCACUAUAAUGUGACUUCUAAUAAAUCCAUGAUUUGAUUAAUAGCUGGUGGGAGACUAAUGACUAAAGGCAAGUUCAAAUAGCAUGUUACUUAGACAAAGUUAGUGUGAAAGAUUUUAGUAUUGGCAGGAACGUAAUAGGCUAUGCUCACUAUAAAUACAUUGGAGAAACAAGCCCUCCCUCCCUCUCUCAAAAUAUCAAACGGAUGCAUCAUAUGUGAUGUCACAAAUAACAUGAAAUAAUUACUUGUGCUUUUACAUGUAUUUCAGUACCUGGUGUUCGUCUGAUGCCUAUUUUCUUUCUUUAGUUUUUAAAAUUUGGGAUUAAUUAGGGGUUUAAUUCAGAUUUUCGAAAAUGGGGGAUUUGCAGCAGACUACUUGGCAACCCCCGAUGUAAUCUCGUGAGUGUAUUCUGUAGUCUCGCGAUAUCCAGGCGGUCACUGCCUGAUAGGAAUAAUGGCCGCCUUCGUAGCAAUGGAUGGAACGGGGAACUACACAAGAAGCUUAUCAGUGCGUUUUAGCUGACCAGGAAGAGCGUAAAUUACCGGGCACCCCCUCCUACCCGGGUUCAGAACGGAUGGGUAGAGGGGGUCUUGCCAAAGGACACAAGAAACGAAAAAGACUCGGAGGGAAGGGGAGGAAAGCUAACGCUACCUUGAUAGCUAGCGCUAGCUGGCUAUCAACACGGUUGUCACUGCCGGGGAACAAACCCGAGUAGCCGUGACAACAGUGUGUUGGGAGGGUAGGAGGAAACGGCGGUUAAACGCUGGAGCGUGUGAUCAAACAACCGGAUAGUCGCUAAUAUGAGUGGACCGGGGCAGGACAGCGAGCCAGAGGCGAAAGUCCUUCUCAUCAAGCGGCUUUACAGGGCUGUGGUGGAGUCCGUGCACAAACUGGAUGUCAUCAUCGGCAGCAAAGCAUCCUACAGAGAGGUCUUCAAGCCGGAGAACAUCAGCCUUCGCAACAAGCUGAGGGAGCUUUGUGUGAAACUGAUGUUUCUCCACCCUGUCGACUAUGGCCGUAAGGCUGAGGAGUUGCUCUGGAGGAAGGUAUACUAUGAGGUCAUCCAGGUUAUCAAGACCAACAAGAAGCACAUCCAUAGUCGUAGCGCUUUGGAGUGUGCCUACCGUACACACCUGAUCGCCGGGGUUGGUUUCUACCAGCACCUACUGCUCUACAUCCAGUCACAUUACCAGCUGGAGCUGCAGGACUGCAUCGACUGGACCCACGUCACAGACCCGCUGAUCGGCCGAAAGAAACCUGUGUCAGCCACCCCUAAGGAGAUGGAGUGGGCACAGAUGGCCUGUCAUCGCUGUCUGGUCUACCUUGGAGAUCUAGCCCGUUACCAGAACGAGCUUGCUGGAGUGGAGGCUGAGCAGCUGGCAGAGAGGUUUUACCAUCAGGCCCUGUCUGUCAUGCCGCAUGUGGGAAUGCCUUUUAACCAACUUGGCACACUGGCAGGGAGCAAGUUCUACAAUGUUGAAGCAACCUACUACUACCUACGCUGCAUCCAAUCAGAUGCCCCCUUCGAGGGCGCCUAUGGCAACCUGAAGCGUCUGUUUGACAAAGCUGCCAAGAUGUACCACCAAGUGAAGAAGCAGGAAAUGAAGAAGCUAUCUCCAUCUCGACAAAGAUCAAAAGACAUUAAGCGUCUCCUGGUGAGCUUCAUGUACCUCCAGAGCCUGCUGCAGCCGAAGAACAGUCUGAUGGAGACGGAGCUGACGUCGCUCUGCCAGUCGGUGCUGGAGGACUUCAACCUGGUGCUGUUCUACCUGCCCCCUCCAGCACAUGGUGGUUCUCACCACUCCCCCAGCGAGGAAGAGGAGGAGCAGCAGCAGCACACUGACAGCUCCUGCCCUGUGCUGCCCGACACCCUCGUCUUCAAGAUGGUGGUUACUUGUCUGAUGGUGGUGCACAGCCUGAAGAGGGGAGGAUCGAAGCAGUAUAGUGCAUCCAUAGCUUUUACUCUGGCCCUGUUCUCCCACCUGGUGAACCACGUCAACAUCCGGCUGCAGGCUGAACUGGAGGAAGCGGAGAGCCAGGUGCCUCCACUUCACACUGACGCUACAGAUGACCUGGAGAUGAGGGAUUUGUCAGCUCCACCGACAGUUCAGUGUGACGAGAGGCCUCUGCAGAAUGGUUCCCUGGAGCAAGAGGAUGAUGAGGAGGAAGAGGCAAAGGAUGAAGAUGGCUGUGAAAGGGUUGGUGCCAAGAAGCAUAGCAGCGUGGAAGAACAGCGCAAGUUGGAAGAGGACAAACAGAGGCAGAAGAAGAAGUACACCCGCCUCUCUCGACUCCGCCGACGCCGCUGCGCCCGCAAGGACGGCCGAGGAGAGGACGAGAGCGACCUAAGCGAAGGCUUUGAGAGUGAAGAAGAUGAAGAUGAUGAUGAAGAGAAGAGGGGCCGUGCUGAUUCAACAGGCGGCACGACGACGGGAUUGCCCCUCAAUCCUUCCUCUAACAGGAAGGAGACUAAGAGAGACCCCCUGGGUGAGGAGGGCAGCUGGGGGAGUGGCUCAGAGGAAGAGGAGGAGGAAGGAGGAACAGCGUUUGAUGUAGAGACCGACUCAGACAUGAACAGCCAGGAAUCUCGCUCAGAUUUGGAAGACAUGGAGGACACGGAGAACUCGGACAAUUUGGAGGGCCAGGCCCGGGAACACCAGGAGGAAGAGGAAGAUGAAGAGCAAACCAAGGAAGAAGGAGGCGACAGGGAUGGUGAUACCCCUCCGACCACCAACGGGCCCCUCAUGCCCAGCGACUCCAGCAUCAGCAGUAACCUCCAGGCCAUGUCCUCGCAACUCUUCCAGGCCAAGCGCUGCUUCCGCCUGGCACCGACCUUCAGCAACAUGCUGCUGAGGCCUCAAGCCUCAUCUUCCUCAGAUAUCCCCACCCCUACUGACGCUUCUGCUCCCCCCUCCCAAGAGACCCCUCCCCCUCCUGGGGAUUCACCCUGUAACAUGAACCCUGGUACUGCCAACGGAACCAAUGAACAUGACUUGGACUCCGACUCAGAAGGUAGCCAGCACAGCACUCAGUCAGUGCAUAGUGAAAAAACCCUGUUGGAGAAGCUGGAGAUUAUGACCAAUCAGGGGUUGAUCCAAGUGGUGAAGGUUUUUAUUGACUGGCUAAGGACCAACACUGACAUUAUCCUCAUGUGUGCACAGAGUUCUCAAAGUCUGUGGAACCGACUGUCCGUGCUGCUCAACCUGCUACCAGAUGGCAGCAAGAUGCUCGAGGCUGAGCUUGGCCUGAACGCAGAGGUGACAGAGCUGUUAAAUGAGUGCGAGCAGCCGGGUUUGGUCCAGAGUCUGCUGCUGCCUGAGGAUUUGGCUCUGCGACACCUGCCUGCUCUAAGCGUAGCUCACCGCCGCCUUGACUUUACUCACCGCAACCCUUCCCUCAGCCCCUUACAGGAGUGUGUGGUGCGAGUGUGCUGCAUUCGCAGUUUUGGCCACUUCCUCACAAAUCUCCAAGGCAACGUGCUGCACUUCAACCCGGAGGCGGGUAUCUUCACCAGCAUCAGCCAGUCUGAACAGGAUAAUCUGGUGCAACAGGCCAAGGCCCAGUUCCGAAUGGCUGAAGAGGAAGCUCGUCGAAAUCGCUUAAUGAGGGACAUGGCCCAGCUUCGACUACAGUUGGAGGUGUCGCAGCUAGAGGGCAGCCUCCAGCAGCCCAAGGCACAGUCGUCCAUGUCUCCCUACCUGGUGCCAGACACAGCUGCUCUCUGCCAGCACCUGAACCUGAUCCGACAGCUGGCCGGCAGCGGCUGCUUCAUCAUCAUCAUCCCACGGACAGUAAUUGAUGGACUUGACAGACUGAAGAAGGAGAACGCCGGAGCGAGGGAUGGCAUCCGCUUCCUGGAGUCUGAAUUUCGCAAAGGCAACAGGUACAUUCGCUGCCAGAAGGAGUCGGGUCGAAGUUUUGAAAGAGAUAAACUGAAACGGCAGGACAUUGAAGCCUGGCAUCUAUACAAGAUGGUGGACAGCUGUCGGCAGUUGACAGUCUCCCAGAACAACGGAGAUGAAGAUACAGCCGGCAUGGUGACCAUUCUUACCGGCCAUCAAGUGGACGAGCUUUGCACUCGGUCAGCAGCGAUGAAGGCGGCGGUGCAGGCGGCUGGCUCGGCCGGCAUGGAGCUGAAGAACAUCGUGGAGUUCUACCGUCAGUGGAAGGAGAUCGGCUGAGAGGUCAAAAGGGGGGUAGCUGUCAGUGCUGCGAACAGCUGAUCGAUCACAACACUCGCUCCCUCUCUCUCUCUCCCACUCUUUUGCUCUGUGUGUAUCUGCGUCUCCAAAGGCAAAAAAAAACAACUCAAAAGAAAGCUGCAUCGAAGGAAAAGAGGUAAAGCUUAGAGAGCUGGAAAAGUAAAUACAGUGGAGUAAAAAAAUAAAAAAUAGAGAAAUGUGGGCGAAAUGGCGCUAUAAGAAACAGCAGAUCUCCCACUCCCAAUCCUAAACAUAAAGAGUGACCCGUGGUGGUCGGGGUGAGGACACAGUGGGGGGAUGCUAAACAACUUUUAAGUGCCCCUGGUUCACACCCUAACCAGGAAUACACUGUAUAUGUUAGCAAACGAGUACAUACUUGUCGAGAGAGAAACCGCACACACACACAUAAACACACUCGCGCUCAGAUGAAUCCAUAUAGAUAUUUAGAGCAGUGGUUUGGAUUUCUGUUUUCCCCCUUUCCCCUUUCCCUUCAGUCUGUAUUUGAUAAAACAGGGUCAGGAAUGUGCGAGUCUGGUAGGGCUGCGUUUUGUAAAGUCGAGGGUGUAUGAAGACAUCUUUGAGAUAGAGGAAAACACUCUCUGUCCAGCUGACACCCCGAGUCUUCCAGCCUUCAAAAACAAACCAGUGGUCUCGUAGCUCAUAGGCCGGAAAGGUUGAGGAAGACAGAUGUACACUUCUUCGGGAUCGGUUUAUUUCCUAUAUGGCUUUUUUAAAUUUUAUUUGGUUUUGUUUUUCUUUAUUUGCGGUGUAAUUUUGUGACCAGUGACUUAUGUAUUGUGCUAUCUCUAUAUGAGAAAAUGGAAAAAAAAAAACACGACAGGUGUCGCCCUGUUAAAGGUUUUAAUUUGGAUUUUAUUUUUGUACCCAAAUGAUGUUGUUUAUUUUGCUUUUUGUAAGCUAAAUCUGAAUGAUAUAUGCAAGAAUGUCUAAACGAAAGGGAAAGGGUUGUUAUCGUCUGUUGAUCCACUGAACAAGUUCUUCAGAUCUGAGGAAGAAAAAAAAAAAAAACAUAUAAUUCAGAAUUUAUUUAUCAAGGUGUCGUGUUGGAGGGAGGGAGGGAGUGAGAGAGGGAGGGAGGGAGGGAGGGGGAAGCUGAUUAGCUUCAUGUUGUAGCUAGUCAUCAAGGAGACUCGGAAGAGAGAGGGCCAGCUGUCCUGACCCUGAGGAAUGUGGGUUGUGUUUGGACCCCUGUAAACUCCUAAAAUGUAUCCCAUCUACAUCACCAUUUCCAUAGUGACUGUCCCAUCAUGCACAGUGCAAAAGAAAACCAGUAUAUGUGUGUGGCCAUGCAUUGAACAAUAAAAAGAAACUCAUAAGA